AGCAUCUUUCUCUCAUGCCGCCUUUUCACGUGGAGCGUCACCACCGAGCCCGCAUGGAAGAGCGUGCGUGCGGAGUGCGCCGGGGGGACAUGUAGCGGGGGGCUCUCUCUCAUGUGGGUCUCGCCGGUGGACCUCGUCUGAUCCGGGUAUCAGCGGAACAUUUGUCCUGGUUGCGUCGGACAGUGACAGUAGUGAUGCCUCUUCUGGAAAGAGACACGGCCAGCAACCCAGAAGGGUUGCCAAAGGUCCCCGUGCCCCCACUCAAGCAAACCCUGGACACCUACCUGAAGUGUGUGCAGCACCUGGUGAAGCCUGAGGAGUUUGACAAAACCAAGGCCGUCGUGGAAAAGUUUGGCGCCGCCGGCGGCGUUGGAGAGGUCCUGCAGAAGAAGCUCCUGGAGAGGAGGGACAAGAUGGAGAACUGGGUGUACGAGUACUGGCUGGAGGAUAUGUACCUUAGCAACAGGUUGGCUCUGCCGGUCAAUUCCAGUCCUGUCAUGGUGUUCCCAAAGCAGACCUUUAAGGAUCAGAAGGACGCUCUCAGAUACGCGUCUCGUCUCAUCAAAGGUGUGUUGGAGUACAAGGCCCUCAUUGACGCGCGAGCGCUCCCCGCGGAGUUCGCCCGAGGCCAGCUGGCUGGGACUCGUCUGUGCAUGGAGCAGUACUCCCGCCUGUUCACGUCGUACCGCUACCCAGGCUUGAAAACAGACACGUUGAAGGUCCAGAUGAAGGCGGCGUCUUCGACAUCGGAGCAUGUCAUCGUAGCGUGCAAGAACCAGUUCUUCGUGUUGGAUGUCGUCACCAGCAGCAAGCCGCUUAGCGAGACAGAGAUCUUAUCCCAACUGGAGAAAAUCACGUCAAUGGCAGGAAACGAGGAAGAAAAAUCCCCUCCUUUUGGUAUCCUGACAUCUGAUGGGAGAUCGGAGUGGGCGGAAGCCAGAGACACCCUAACAAACGAGAAGGACAACAGGGAGUCUUUGGGCCUGAUCGAGAGCUGCCUCUGUGUGCUAUGCCUGGAUGAAGCCGGUGGGACGAAGCCUAGCGACACCAACCGAGCCUUGCUGAUGCUUCACGGUGGCGGUCAGGAGAAGAAUGGCGCAAAUCGCUGGUAUGACAAGUCCAUGCAGUUUGUUGUAGGCAUGGAUGGAAUAUGCGGAGUGCUGUGUGACCAUUCCCCGUUUGAGGGCGUAGUCCUGGGGCAAUGCUCCGAAUAUCUGACUAAAUACAUAGCCGGGACUCCAUCAGAAGCUGUGAAGCAGUCCAGUGCAAGAAAGCUUCCCGCUCCGAGAAGACUUCUGUGGAAAUGCACCCCCCGAAUCCAGGGGCUCCUUGCGGCAUCAGGAGAGCGACUCCAAAGGCUGGUGAAUAAUCUGGACAUGGACGUUUUCAAAUUCAAAGAUUAUGGAAAAGAAUUCAUCAAGAAGCAGAAAAUGAGUCCGGAUGCUUUUAUACAAGUUGCUUUGCAGCUUGCAUUUUUCAAGUGCAACGGAAGGCUGGUUUCCACGUACGAGAGCGCGUCCAUGAGGCGCUUCCGGAAUGGCCGUGUCGAUAACAUUCGCUCGGCAACUGCUGAAGCUUUGGUCUUUGUCAAAUCCAUGACCGAUGAAAGAACCGCUAACACCGAUGUAGAAAAAAUGAAAAAACUAAGAGAUGCUAUUCACGCCCAAACCAACUACACUAUUGCAGCCAUUACAGGAAUGGCAAUAGACAAUCAUCUCCUUGGACUACUGAAGACCUCCAAGGAGCUCAACAUGGAGCGACCGGAGAUCUUCUGCGAUGAGACCUAUCUCGCCAGUAACCAGUUCAUCCUUUCUACUAGCCAGAUGUCAACCACUUUGGAAAUGUUCUGCUGCUACGGUCCGGUGGUGCCCAACGGCUACGGCGCCUGUUACAACCCGCAGCCGGAUCACAUCGUUUUCUGCGUGUCGAGUUUCUGGGAGAGCACGCAGACGAGUUCGGCAGUUUUCGUCAAAGCGCUGAAUGAGGGCCUGCUGGAAAUCAGGGACCUGUGUGGCGCCGUGACCAAGGCGGCGCAGGAAGGGUGUGGCCAGGAAGGUGGCCGGCCUCACAGAUCGGUGACAUAGCUAAACUUAAGCGGUCUCGACGCUUGCACGCAUUUUGCCUCCGCAUUGUUCCGCAGUUUUCCGUGACAAUCCGUGUCAACAAUGUCAAUCCGUGUGUCUUGUUCCCACAUGGGUACGCGUUAGCAUCAGCGUCAUCAUCACUGCUUCCUGCAUCAGUGAAGCAGUCCUGGCAUUAUUUGGUCCUGCAUGACGUCAGGCACCAGCAAGCAUCACCCCAUUCUACGUUAUUUCCUGUUUACUAGAUGUUGAACUCAUGCAAAAACAAAAAGUACGUGGAACGGGUGGAAAAAAAUGUCCGCCGUGAUAGAAGAGUUUCGGCUAACAUGAAAUGAAAGGUAUACAAAACUGUGGUGAGACCAGCCAUGUUGUUAGGUCUAGAGACAGGAAGCAGAACCGGAGGGAGCAGAGAUGAGGAUGCUGAGGUUCUCAUUGGGAGUGACCAGGAUGGAUAGGAUCCAGAAGGAGUACAUCAGAGGGACAUUACAUGUUAGCCGGAGGUAGCAGAGACGAGGAUGCCGAGGUUCUCAUUGGGAGUGACCGGGAUGGAUAGGAUCAGGAACGAGUACAUCAGAGGGACAUUACAUGUUAGCCGGAGGUAGCAGAGACGAGGAUGCUGAGGGUCUCAUUGGGAGUGACCGGGAUGGAUAGGAUCAGGAAGGAGUACACCAGAGGGACAUUACAUGUUAGCCGGAGGUAGCAGAGAUGAGGAUGCUGAGGUUCUAAUUGGGAGUGACCGGGAUGGAUAGGAUCAGGAAGGAGUACAUCAGAGGGACAUUACAUGUUAUCCGGAGGUAGCAGAGAUGAGGAUGCUGAGGUUCUCAUUGGGAGUGACCAGGAUGGAUAGGAUCAGGAAGGAGUACAUCAGAGGGACAUUAAAUGUUAGAGGCCUUGGAGAUAAAGUCCUUUAGGCCAGACUGAGAUGGUUGGAAGAAGAUACUGCGAAGAUAACACAUACUGUAUUCAUGACUAGCUUGUGAAAAUUCUAGGUGCCGCAAAUUAGAACAUUUUGUCACGCAAAAUUGCACAAUGCCGCGCAGCCAAAAUGCGUACAAGCGUAAUGGAGGCUCUAAAAUAUGAGUUUCAUGGAGAUGAUCAUUGUUGCGUGUGCAAUAGAGUUGAUUUCACAUCAAGAUAGGCCUUAACUCAGUACCGUAUGUCCAGUAAAUUAUGAUAUUUGACCGUGUAUCGUAUCAUAUCGUGUGUUUUGGAACUAGGCAACCACUUUGCCAUUUUUAGGAAACUGAAGCCAUGUUCUCUGUACGCCAUCUCCUCUAUCAGACUGUGACUGACACCAGUAAUAUAUUUAUUUAUUUAUUUAUAGACAGUAUUUAUAUACCAUGUGUGUGUAUAUUUAUGUAUUUAUUUAUUAAUAUACCGGCGUGUAUAUUAUAGCGUAGUUCAUAUAAAGAGUAACGUAGCGGGUCAACUAUUUUUGUUGAGUGUUUGAACGUGACAAGAUUGCAAAUGAAAGCUACCAAAGAGACUGUGAUGCUAAUGCUAGCAUAGAAAAAGAAGCGUGGAUGUGUGUGUGUGUGUUCACGAUAGCGAUAGCAAUAGCAAUAGCAAUGUACCUUUAAAGGAAAACUGCACUUUUCUUUUGAAGUUUUACCUCAUCAUCCACAAGAGAAACAAACAUGUUUCUCUUUACUGCGUGUUUAAAAGAUAUAUAAACAGCUAAAAAAAGUGGCAGCUACAAACGCUCCAUUACAUAAUCUGAGGUUGUAAUUACAGAUUGUGGAUUUAUUGGCUGUUUUGGAUGUUUUUCCGAUGGUGGAGUCUGGAAACUGACAUUUAACCGAGGAGUUCUGCAGUAGUUUGGAUGUUGCUGUGGUGUCUUUUGUGACCUCUCGGAAAAAUCGUGGCUGUGCUCUUUUGGGUUAAUUUUGGUGGGUCAGCCACUCCUAGGAAGGUUCACCGUUGUUUUUAGCAUUUGUGAAUAAUGGCUCUCACUGUGGUUUGCUGGAGUCCCAAAGCUUUAGAAAGGCUUUUCCACACUGUGCUGCCAUUAACUCAUUCAUUCAUUUUCUACCGCUUUUUCCUCACGAGGGUCGCGGGGGGUGCUGGAGCCUAUCCCAGGUGUCUUCGGGCAAGAGGCGGGGUACACCCUGGACUGGUGGCCAGCCAAUCACAGGGCACAUAUAGACAAACAACCAUUCACACUCACAUUCAUACCUAUGGGCAAUUUGGAGUGGCUAAUUAACCUAGCAUGUUUUUGGAAUGUGGGAGGAAACCGGAGUACCCGGAGAAAACCCACGCAUGCACGGGGAGAACAUGCAAACUCCACACAGAGAUGCCCGAGGGUGGAAUUGAACCCUGGUCUCCUAGCUGUGAGGUCUGCGCGCUAACCACUAGACCACCGUGCCGCCCUGCCAUUAACUAAUAUUUCAAUUUGUUUGUUGAUCUGAAACAUUUCAGUGUGGAAAAAAAAAAUCAUAAACCACGAAGGGGAAGUAUAUCAAAACUUUUUGAAUGUUUUUCCGAAAGGCUUUCUGGGUACAAUAAGCACGUUUAUGUCUCACAUAAGGAUUGUGGAUGACACGUAAAAUAAAAAAGUGCAGUUUUCUUUUAAGCAGGCUCCAGUGUAAAAGUGGCGUAUGAGGCAAACCACUGUGUUUCUGUGUACAGGAUUUUAGUUGUUUAUUUUUUAAAUCUAAAGUCGGGUCAAUGUGCAAUAUACCAUAUAGAAGUGCAGUGAGUCUUUAUCUAGUUAUAUCACCAUAAAGGAGCACAUGUGCAAUAUUUAAUAGUCGAUGUUCCCUGUGUAGAGUGUGUGUUUUAACGUGGGUCAUGU